GUAUGCUUGUGAUGGAACCAAAAUUUGGAAAUUCCAAAUUCGUAUUGAAGUCAUGAAAUAAUCUUUUUGUCGGAAGGAAAGAAGUGUUAAUAUCAAGUGUUCAAAGUUGAACUGUGAUAAGCAAAAUGAUGAAUAUACUACCAGAGAAAACGAAAACUCGAAAUGUUAAAAAUUUCGCAGUUGCACAGUGGUUACGUAACAUGCCGGAUCAGAGGGAUAAUAAGAUAUCCGCAGAACAGGAACGUUUGAAUAUUGAAAUGAAACCGGAAAAGGUAUCGAAUAUAACAAUCAAAGUAGCACAAGAGUCUGACGUUGAUGAUCAACUUAAUGAAAUCCCGUGCAACAAUAGCAGUUUAAACGCUUGUUCGACACGGCCACUUUCAUUGCACGGAAAUAAAUGUUCUUUUGUAGACUCGGAAUCGAAACAAAGACGAGACGCAUCAGGAAAUGCAAGGCGCGUGAAGUUCGAUGUGGAAAGUCAAAAUGAAAACACAGACAACAUACACGAGGAUGUCGAAAAGCAUGUAAAAUUUUAUGACGUCAUUAUUAGAACAGCUGAAGAGGAUCAUGCUGUUUUGAAAAGGAGUAUGACACAAUUUCUCAAAGAGUCAUCGACUAAUGUAAGGAAGGAGAAGAAAAGUGCCUCUGACAGAAAGUCUAGAAGUUAUAAAUAUAUAACUCAAGUUGACGACUCUGAACAUCGUGAAGAAACAGUUAAUCCUCGAACAACGGUAGCAGACGACAGAAACAUUCGCAGUAGAAAAUCGUCAUCAAUAGUGACGAAGGACUUUGAUGACAUCAUAUUUGAGAAUCAAGCAAUACGGACGGCAACGUCGGGCUUGUCAUCGCCAAAGUCUUAUUCGGUCUAUCAGUCCGGUAGAUCUGGCUUUUCUGCAAAGAGAUGUAACAGACAAAGACCAAAGAAGGUGUGUCUGAAGUACCUAACAGGGACAGAAGAAGUGCAGACACCAGUUAUUAAAGGGCUUGUGGUCGAUGUAGUUGAUAACCAAAAACCAAGCGUUGUUAGGGCUUCAAAGAACGCUAAUAUACGCGAGGAAUUCGCCCUCCGGCAGAAAGUGGAGGGCUACAGGGCCGUGUGCAGCCAGAGUAUUAGUAGAAUAAACCUAGCUCAGAGAAAACUUUGCGGCAAUCUGCUGAACUUAAAAAAGAAAAAGGCGGCAUUGGCUCAAGCUGAAAAGAAACAAAAUGAGGACACUUUCUCCCUCAAAACUAUGACAGAGGAACUUUUCCAUCAGAGUAAAGGCUAUUUUCCUGACACGAGGUUAGAGACGCGAACAUACAAUUUUCCGGCACUCUCUUACCCGAAACGGAGAGUCCUAACUAUAAAUUAGCUUCAAGCAAAGACAAAAAUGUGGUAUUAGUUUUAUGACCACUAUAGAAAAUGAUACAGUCAACAUAAAACAACUUGGUGUGAUUUUCUUCUUAUGCAUUGUAAUUCUAAGUUUUUUUGAAAAAGACUUCUUUUUUGAAAAUGACUUCUUUUUCAACUCAACAUGUUUAUCCAGUUUCUGUUUUAUUUAGGUCUACAUGUUUUAAUUAUUAGAUGACAGCCCAAAAAACUUCAGAGAUGCGUGAUAUCAUGAUAUUUAAUUUUGACACAAAUAGGAGGCCAUGCAUUCCAGCGAAAUGGACUGAUUAUUAACAUUAUCUUGUUGUUGGGACAAAUUAUGUUAUGUCCAAGGUUCUAGUUAACAUGUGCGAUGUGAAUCUAUAUUUUAUUCUAGCAUUUAUCCCGAGAGGAUACAAUAAACGAUUUAACAUUAAAAAAUUCUGAUUUUCCUUUUCAUUAAAUGGUUAAAGCAUGUCACUAUAUGGUGCAGUAACUGCUGACUCAAAUUUGUCUUCUGUGUAAUGAUGUUCCAAUAGACUGUAUACAUGUAGUUUACACAAAGUGUUGAAUAUGUGUGAAUUUGUAAUUUCGAUAUUUCUAUUUAUAGUUAUUUCCAAGAUAGUUUUCAUGAUAAUUUAUUUCUGAAAUAGAAUACAUAUGUAUCUUAAACGAGUUUAUUUCUGUUAGAUUUAAUUUA